GCAAUUUCUGACAUUUUGGAGUGUCUGACUUUAAUUAAAGUGUUUAGAAGCCUUUGGGAACGAGCACAUUGUUUUUUACGAACAAAACGAGAUCGGUGAAGUAGAUGGCAUCGACGAUGCAAUGAUUGGCAUGAAUGGGAAGGAAGAGAAAGUAAAGUGUUCAUUCCACACAAGUCAAGUCCAAACAAGAAAGGAGAGAAGAUGAUUCCUUCUUCUCACUUCCAGUUGUCUGGGUCUCCAAGGUCCCUCAGUGGCAGUAGUGGCAGUAGUCGUAGUAGUGGUAGUAGCGGCAGUACGUCUCCCAGUCCAAGUCCUACUCAGUCUACUCCCACUAGAGGCAACAGCUUCAGUCGGAGAAUGUCUUUGCCCAGUUUCAACAGCAUGAGCGGUAGGAACGAGAAUCACUCGGCCUUUGGCUUUGGCUUGCAUCGACAGAGUAGAAGACGUAGGAGAAGUACGGGGACACGUACAACAACUACUACUAGUAGUACAGCCACUACUACUAGUAGUACAGAUAGAGAUCAAGGAGAGGAAUGGACAUUGCCUGUUCAAGUACGAUCGGUUCAGAGACGCAUGAGACGAUUCUCCAUGCCUGCAGGAUCUACCCGGACUAGUACUAGUACUACUAGUACUAGUACUGAUCUACUCGUCUUUGUGGACCCAAGAGCUGAAAAACCACUCAAGCUCAGAAGAAUGAGACUUCGGAGAUGUCAAACUCAUGAUGGAACUACAAACAGCACAAACAACACUAGCACUGCAAAGAGCCGAUGGGACACCUCCAGUACAAACACAAACACAAACACCCACACCAACCUGGACCCCAACCUCAACUGGAACAUCAACCUACCUUACGAUGCUACUACAAGUAGCACCUGUAAUAGCACCUGCACUGGCACUGGCACUGGUACUGCCAAGACCAAUGACUUGCAACUCUUAUGUGCUGAACAAGAUGCUGCCCUCGAACGAAUCACUUCGGGGACUUCUCCACCCAGAAUGCCAAGAAGGGGAUCUUUGGGGCUGUCAGAUCAACACAGGCAUCCAUCCUUACCAGAUCUACUACAGCAUCAACAUCAACAUCAACCCCUCAGACACAACCACAACCACAACCACACACCAGGUCACAUACAAGCCACUCAAAAACCAAAGGCUUCUCCGACGAUGCCCCCAAGAAUGCCCAGACGAUCAUCCAUGGGAGACUUUGAAGCAACUUCUAUUACAUGUAGUAAUACCAAGAUUGGUGAAGCUGCAACUACACCCACUGCUACCGGUACCGGUAUGCAUACUUCUCCCAGCAAAUGCAAUGCCACCUUCCCCACAAGAAAAAUAUCCAAUCCCACCAGAGUACACAGAAACAACUCAAACAACUCUACCACAACAAAGGACUACUUUGAUUGGUUGGCGGCCGGAUCAUCACCACCAAACUCAAACUCAAACCAAACCUAUAACCACAGUCGUCAAAACGACAGCACGGACGACACACACAACAAACCAACAACACCACAAAGGGAACUACAGGUUGAAGAAAAGGAUCAAGAACUUCAUGCCACUUCGGCGGCGCUACUCCGAUCCAAUCCAUUCAUGGCAUCCAUUGCCAGCGCCAGCGCCAGCAACAACAAUACCAACAGUAGUACGUCCAUGACGGCCGCUACUACUACCGGUAGUGGCAUUGUUGGAAGCAAUCAGUCUACCAACGCCGUGCACCAACCACAACCACAACAGCCACAACAACAAGCCAAACGAUCCAAUGCCCAGGCGGCAUAGGAGACAAAGCGUCUCUAUCUACCGGUACUGUGAAAGAUGACAAUGCUGUUGUAGUGCAUGGUAAGAUGCUCUCAUGCAACUGGACUCGACUCAGUGGAUGGAGGUGGGAAGCAUGCAGUGAGUUUUGUGCAUCUGCCAACAAGCAACGUUGUAGCUCUAGCUAACGGAACAUACCGUAGUUUAAUGCUAGAUGAUUACCAGUAUGGCUUAGAGGGAACUAUGGGACGGGGUACCGUAGUUAGUUGACUAAAACAAUGGGGG